GGAUGAUGAUGGCGUCCCAGUGCACGGAGCAAGCCGUGCAGGAGUUCCUGAUGGAGAGAGGAGGGAGGGUCCAACAGAUGGAGCUGAUCGAUCAUUUCCUAUCAAUUCUGGGGGGUAAUGACCAGUCGAAUGAAGGGGUGGAUCGCGAGGCGCUGAAAAGCGUCGUGGACAACGUGGGUUUCGUGAAAGUGGAAGACGGCGUGAAAUUUGUGUAUUUAAAUACAGAAGGCAGCGCGGAGUCGGUGAUGCGUGCGGACACAGACGGCCACGAGCACGCGGAGUGCAACGGUAAUAUCCAGGAGACGCUGGACGACAACAACUAUGUGAACGGCAACCCCGACACCGGAGACCAAACAGGAGGAUCCGGCUCAUUGGUUACUAGCCUGGACAAUGACAAACGGUCAAAUGCCAACGAGCAACCUGCAGCCCCCUCCCAGAUUAAUAAAACCAACACAGUGACUCCUUCCUCUGGUGGAGGAGGGGAGGUGAAGCUGAGGGAGAGGAGGAGGCGAGAGUCGGCCCCGUUGAUUGGGGUGCCCGAUCUGGACCAGGCUCACCCUGCGGGGUCCCACAGCCAGCAGGUGAGAGGGGCGCGCAGGGUGUCCAAAGGGUCCCAGCGGGCCAUGCUGAUCAGCUGCCUCUCUGAAGACAGCGCCUUGGAAGGCCUGGACCCUGUGGGAGAUAUCAACACACCCAAGGGGAGUCGCAGGAACUUCAUAGAGCUGAUGAUGAGUAGCUCUCCUCAGGUUCGGAGGUCUCUGAUCAACCGUGGUUCACGCCUCCGGGACUCGGUGAGGAGCGAUGGAGACUCCACAUCGCUCCUGUCCUCGGCCACUGAUGAGGACUGCGCCUCAGUGACCCUGGACCCACUGGAACAUGAGUGGAUGCUGUGCGCCUCAGAUGGCCUGUGGGAAAGCCUGCAGCCCCUGCUCGCUGUGGAGCCUUGCCUAGUGGCCAAGAGGGACUUUGUGACCGGCUUUACCUGCCUCCACUGGGCGGCUAAGCAGGGCAAAGCCGAGCUGCUCUCCCAGCUGCUGGCCUUCGCCAAGGAGAACGCCGUACCUGUGAAUGUAAACGUGAGAUCAAGCGCUGGAUACACGCCGCUGCACCUGGCAGCCAUGCACGGACACACACAGGUGGUUCGUGUGCUGCUGUCGGACUGGGAGGCGGACCCUGAGGCUCGAGACUACAGCGGGAGGCGAGCCAUCCAGUACCUGGCCCCACCGCUGGCCGCUGACCUGCAGGAGGAGGGGGUGGUCAUCUCACCGGGAGCUGAGUCAGACAACGAAAACGCAAAUGGCAGCAGCGGUGGAGGACGCGGCUGGCGCUUUCCCAGAGUCCUCCCGGGCAACCUGAACCCGCUGCGUCUCCUGAACCCGCCCGCUGAGGCAGCAGAGGAGGGCGUCUCCACUGGGAGGACCAAGGGGGGGAUGCAGAGGAAGUCGUCCCUGAGCCGCCUGAACGCCCGGCUGCAUCGAGGACGCCACCGGGCCCAGAUCAUCCACAGCGCCUCCUUCAGGGACCCGGGGGAGGUGGGAAGAGGAGAGGAGCUCCCCAGCAGCCCUCUCCGGACGCGACCACUCUCCAACCUGUUUGGAUGA